AUUGAAUACAAUCAGAAGUACUGAUUAUGAUAUUAUGUGAUUAUACGGGAAUGGCUCGUGUGUGACAUCUCAGAUAUAUUUAGCAGCUAUUGGCACCGGUUCCUGGCCAUAUCAUUCAAGAACUAUCUUGGUUUAGUCAUAUGCCGUUUCAGGUCUGUGAGGUCACUAUCAGGAAGGCCUAUUAGAUGAACACUCCACCUUUGUUCCAAUCAGUUAAAGGAAGUUAACGAAGACAUACGCUUAACCAAGUUGGAUAAAAGGCAGGGCAAUAUCUAGGACCACUGUAAGUAAGGCACAGAAGAAAGCCCAAGAGAUUUGAAAGCGGCGAUAGCCAGGCCGAAGGAAAGACAUAGGUGCAGUUAGAAUAAAUCUGCAAAAUGGGGGAGGGCGAUGACGUAGACGAACGGCAGCCCCUACUGAACGAACGGAAGGAUUCGUACGGAGCAGGCGAUGAUGUCACGGUAGCAAUCAAGAGUGGUAAGAAGGAUGGCGACGAGGCAGAGGCGGAAGAAAAAGACAAUAAAUCACCACCGGUCUCUUUUGGAAAAUUGUUUCGUUACGCUACAUGUUGGGACCGCAUCCUGAUGAUAUGGGGUUCUAUAGUGGCGGCGGCGGUCGGCGCUGGUUGGCCUGUUUUAUCCAUUGUGUUCGGAGACAUGACAGAUACCUUCAUUGGAGGCCCCAAUUCCACACUAGCUAACAGUACGGGGAACAGCAGCAAGGCUGGCUACGAUGAGAUGAUGACAGAAUACAUGUUGCGAUACUUCUACAUCGGUAUCACAGUGUAUGCGGCAAGCUUCUUCCAGAUCACGUGUUGGAUGAUUUCAAGUGAACGCCAGACGAACAAGAUGCGCAAGGCUUUCUUUUGGGCGAUAAUGCGGCAGGAGAUCGGAUGGUUUGACCAGCACAAGAGUGGAGAGCUCAGCACAAGGCUGGCAGACGACCUCGAGCGUGUCCGUGAAGGCCUCGGCGACAAGUUCGCCAUCUUCAUCCAGUUCAUGGCCGCCUUCCUAUCGGGUUUUGCUAUCGGAUUCUGGAAAGGAUGGAAGCUGACACUAGUCAUGAUGUCUUUAUCGCCACUCUUGGCUAUUUGUGGCGCCUUCAUGGCAAAGCUCAUCUCGUCGUUUGCCGAAAAGGAGCAGGCCGCAUACGCGGAGGCGGGGAGCGUAGCGGAGGAGAUGCUGGCAUGCAUACGGACGGUCGUGUCGUUUUGUGGCCAGAAGAAGGCAAUUGACAAUUAUGAGAAAGCUUUAAUAGAAAGCAGGCGGCUGGGAGUAAGAAAAGCAGCCAUCACGGGCGGAGGCAUUGGUAUCACCAUGCUUAUUCUCUACUCAACAUAUGCGUUAGCUUUUUGGUAUGGUUCAACUCAGGUGCAGACCUGGCAAGAGACGCUGGGAAUAGACGGUAUAUCACCCGGUGAAGUCUUUACGGUGUUUUUCUGUGUCAUGAUCGGGUCCUUCUCUAUUGGGAACGCCGCCCCGCAGCUGAGUGCCAUCGCUACCGCUAAGGGAGCCGCCGCCGCAUUGUAUGAUGUCAUUGAUAAUGAACCCUCGAUUGAUGCGAGUUCAGAAGAAGGCCUUAAACUGAACACAGUCAAGGGUGACAUCGAGUUAAAGGAGUGUGAGUUUUCUUACCAGACAAGACCUGAUGUAAAGGUUUUAAAGCACUUCUCGAUGAAGGUCGAGCCUGGAAAGACAAUCGCUCUCGUCGGAUCCAGCGGGUGUGGCAAGUCGACUGUGAUUAACCUGUUGCAGAGGUUUUACGAUGUCAGCAGCGGCCAGAUUACCAUUGAUGGGCACGACAUCAGGUCUCUGAACAUGAAAUGGUUAAGGCAGCAGAUAGGCGUGGUGUCACAGGAGCCGGUACUCUUUGGCUGCAGUAUACAGGAGAACAUCCUGUAUGGCCGCGAUGGGGUGACGGAGGCAGAGAUAAUCGAGGCUGCGAGCAUGGCAAACGCUCACAACUUCAUUUCAAAUCUACCAAAGGGUUAUGAAACACUGGUCGGUGAGAGAGGAGCCCAGCUGUCUGGCGGACAGAAGCAGCGGGUAGCGAUUGCUAGGGCUCUAGUCCGGGAUCCCAAGAUUCUCUUGCUUGACGAAGCAACUGCUGCCCUAGAUGUUGAGAGUGAAAAGAUGGUCCAAGAUGCACUAGACAAGGCAAGAGAAGGUCGAACCACUAUCAUUGUCGCUCACCGCCUCUCAACCAUACAGAACGCUGACAUUAUCUACGCUGUGCAGGACGGUGAGGUAGCAGAGAUAGGGACCCAUUCAGAGCUGAUGGCCAAGGAAGGCAUCUACCAACAACUUGUAACACUGCAGAUGUUUGGGGACAAAGCAAAGGAGGAAAAGAAGGAAAGUGGUGAUGUCGUGGAUGCCAAGACGCCAGAAGGGUUCAAGGUCAAGCGCUUGGUGUCAAGGUCAAAGUCUGUAACAAGUUUGCAAGAGGAGGACGAGGAAGGCGAGCUGAAGGACCUUGACAUGCCAAGUUUUGGGAAGAUCUUCAAGCAGAACAGGCCCGAGCUUUGCUACAUCCUCAUUGGCUGUUUGGGCAGUUUGGUGAACGGCUCCGCCAUGCCUGUGUUUGCAGUGUUAUUCAGUAACAUCAUCCAGGUUUUUACCGAGACCGGAGAGAAACUAAAAAACGACGCGAUCUUCUGGAGUCUAAUGUUCCUUGCCCUGGGAGGAAUCACCGGUAUUGCCCAACUCACCACGCAACUGUUCCUUGGCCUCUCUGGUGAGACACUGACCAUGCGACUACGGCUGAAGACCUUCACCAGUAUGUUAGGACAGGAGAUCGGUUGGUUUGAUGAGCCCAGACACGCGACAGGAGCGCUAACCACAAGGCUGGCUACCGAUGCAUCUGUUAUCAAAUUUGCAACUGGUGCUCGAGUUGGGAUAGUGUUGCAAUCGGUGUUUGGUAUGGCUGCUGGUCUUGGCAUCGCCUUCUACUUCGGCUGGAAACUGGCCCUGGCUGUCCUUGCCAUGGUACCAAUAUUGGUCAUUGCAGGAGCUCUCCAGAUGCAGGCCCUUACAAAAAGACAGAAGCGGGACUCAAAGCUGUUAGAAGAUGCUGGCAACGUUGCCACAGAGAGUAUUGAGAACAUCAGGACAGUGCAGUCGCUCACACUGGAGCAGAAAAGAUAUGAGAGAUAUGAGGAGCUACUGGUCCAACCUAACAAGGAGGCUAUAAAGCAGGCGUUCAUCUAUGGCUUGAGUUAUGGCCUAUCACAGGGAGUAAUCUUCAUUAUGUAUGGAGGUGCGUUCAAGUUUGGUUCAUAUUUGGUGGAGACGGGUGAUAUGCAACCAGAUGCAGUCUACAGGGUGUUCUUUGCAAUAGCCUUCACUGGUUUGGGAGUGGGCCAGGCCUCUUCCUUUCUGCCUGAUUACGCCAAGGCCAAACUAGCGGCCGCCCACAUCUUCAGGAUCGUCGAGAAUGUUCCAUUCAUCAAUAGUUACUCAGAGGAGGGCAAACAAUUGGGCGACCUGAAAGGAGAUAUAGAAUUCGCCAAGGUGAGCUUCAAGUAUCCGUCGCGACCAAACGUGCGUGUCCUAAAGGAAGUCUCCUUCAACAUCCCGGCCGGGAACACCAUUGCCCUGGUUGGCGCGAGCGGCUGUGGGAAGAGCACAAUGGUCGCCUUACUACAGAGGUUUUAUGAUCCGGAGCAGGGAACUAUUAAACUCGACAACGUAGAUAUAAAGGAGUUGAAUAUAGAAUGGAUGCGGUCUAACAUCAGCGUGGUGAGCCAGGAACCUGUCUUAUUCGACAUCUCAAUCAGAGAGAAUAUAAGAUAUGGCGUCCUGACAGAGGUCGACGACCAGAAAAUAUUCGAUGCGGCGAGAUUGGCGAAUAUUCAUGACUUCAUUGUCUCUUUACCAGAGGGUUACGACACUAUUGUUGGUGAGAAAGGCACGCAGCUAUCUGGUGGCCAAAAGCAGCGUGUUGCCAUUGCCCGGGCCAUGGUCGGCAACCCACGGAUCCUUCUGCUGGAUGAGGCCACAUCAGCCCUCGACACGGAGAGCGAACGGGUUGUCCAGGAGGCGCUCGACAAGGCACGAGAAGGCCGCACGUGUCUCAUCAUAGCCCAUCGCCUGUCCACGGUCCAAACUGCCGACACCAUCGCUGUGGUGGAUAACGGCCAGAUAGUGGAGAUGGGAUCACCUAACGCCUUAUUGGACCAGAAGGGGGCGUACUACACCCUCGCCAGCGGACAAUUAAAUUUGGUGUAAACUGUGUUCUUGAAUAACCCGAAUGGAACCGGUGGGCAAAGCUUAUUGAAGAUUGAAUGACAGCAGUGUCUAAUAUUAAGAUAACGAAUAAUGAAGGUCCCGGUAGGAAGGGCCGGGAACCAUUGUGUGAGGGGAAACGUUUUCUGGGCCACCCUGUACAACUGUUUUACCCAAUGCAGUGAAAAGUAGUUAGAAAAGUAGUUAGCCAGUAGCAUACGCACCUUAAGCUUCGUGGUUGUCAUAUCAUAGCUAUGGAUAGAUUUUCUAGUAACGAAACCAGUAAAUAGUUAUUGAAAUA